AUGUUCUUGUGGUACGGUGCCGGUAACUACUUUGUAAAAAAAUUACGGUCAAACACGAUCGCGAUUAUCGUCCCGACUCUAUAUUUAUGUUGGGUUGAUCAGAUAGCACUCAAAGAUGAAGUGUGGCAUAUCAACGAGAAGACCUCGUUAAAAAUAUUCCUCGCUGAUAAUUUACCAUUUGAGGAAUGUCUGUUUUUCUUAAUCACCAACGUGAUAAUAGUAUUGGGUGGUAUGGCUUUCGAUAAAUCUUAUGGACUCGCGGACACGUAUACGUUUGAAUUCCCAUUGCGUUUCAGUAUGAGUCUGCGUUAUAACGCUCAACAAAUGCGAGCAUUUUUUAAGGCUGAAAGCGACAUGUCUCCAAGCCCCGUUGAAGAUAUCAGACAGUGUUUAAAUAUACUGAAAACGGCUUCCAAAUCGUUUAACGUCGCCAGUCUUGUGUUUCCGGCAGGUAAAUAUAUGAUAGUCAAAGACCAUGUGCUUAAAUACGUUUUUCUAAUGUGUCUGAUGUAUACAGGUGUUCGUUUGCAUUUGAUAAUCUUGUAUGCAUUUUGUCGCGUAACGGACGACAUGAUCGACAAUGAACCAGAUGCUGACAAGAAAAAACGGAAACUGAUGACGACCGAAAGAUUCAUCGGUGAAUUGUUCGCGGACCGGGACUCGGACUACGACGUAAAGUCCACUGUACCACGUAGCGAGUUGAAAAUCGAUUGGACCCGUUACCGAUCGGAACUAGGCGACGAAGAGAUGUCGUGCUUCCGGGCCGUAUCCCGGAUAUCGUUUUACUUACCCCGAAAACCGUUCCAUGAACUACUCGACGGCUACAGGUGGGACGUUGAUGGCAAAACUGUCGAAAAUGAGACCGACCUAUUGCUGUACUCAAACCACGUGGCGGGUAGCGUAGGAGUGCUCUGCGUAUACGUGAUGAUGUACAAGAGCGGCGUCCGACUUAACGACAAUGACGACUACAAAAGGCAUGAUUUCGUCAUCGGAAAAGCACGGCAAAUGGGACAGGUAUGAAUAUGAUGUUAUGUUAUGACAUAUGGUUAUGUUCUCCCUUUAUAAGUCGUGACCCACGGCUUGACUUCUCUAUGGUAUUAAAUUAUACAUAAAUUUUAAAAAAUAUAAAAAAUUACGAGGAUUAUGAAAAUAAAACAAAAUAAAUUAAAAUACUUCAAACAAUGGAUGGGCCACUGUUGUAGGUUAGAAGUUCAGAAGGUAGAAUAUAGAGAGAAAUUUAAUUUAUAUUUGUAUGCAGCGAUAAACCAUCAUACCUAACGAAAAUUGAUUCGGAACGAAGUUUCUUUAAUACAUGUACCUAAUUUUCCCGUUUUUCCUGAUUUUUCUCAAUUAUUAUGAAAACCACUUGUAAAUCAAAAACUGGCCACUCUAAAGUACCAUCCAGAUAAAAUUUUCUAACAGAGAAGGUACUACAAUUGAAUAUAGGAUCAAAAUUUUUUGGUAGAAAAGUUGUACACAAGUGAAAAAAAAAAUAAAAAAUAAAAAUCAUUAUAAAACCAAUACAUUCCUCGUUACGUUCCCAAUUUAAACUUUGAAUUGUCAAAAUAUUCAGAAGAAUAAACUCUAUAAAAUGAUGAUCUUAAGUCACAUAAAAACAGAAUUUGAUUAUCAUCAUUACCUCAAGAAAUAUCUUUUAUGGAUAUCUUUGUGGGACAUCCUGUAUAACAAUAUUAAUAUCAUGUCACUUCUGCGACAGGUCUUACAGAUCGUCAACGUGUCUCGAGACAUCGUGACCGACAGCAAAACGUUGGGUCGGUGCUACGUACCCACCGAAUACAUGGACGACAAGGCCGCUGAAUUAAAGGUGUUGUGUGAAGACAGGGAUCCGUGGCGGUUGGGUACCAGAAAACUGAAAAAAUACGCCACCCGGAUGAUCAUAUUGGCCAACCGGUACCAGUUUGAGUCAUUGGCAGGUGUAGGGUUGUUACCGUACGAGGUGCGUGGGCCUGUACUGGUGGCUACCGAUAUAUACCGUGGUGUGGCUACCGCAAUCGAGGUCAGCUCAACUUACCCAGAGAGGGCUUCGCUCGGUAAAUGGGACAAAAUCCUUGUUGGCAUCAAUUCCCUGUACUUCAGGAGUUUGAAGUACGUUUUGCACGCUAAAUGCAAAUUAUCAUGA